CCUUUGAUUUCUUUCCCAUCUUGGGUUGUUUCCCUCCCACCCCUCUUCUUUCUUUCUUUCUUUUUUUUCUUUUUUUAAAUACAACCUUUCCUUCGUCCACAUUCACCUUACGGAUAAAAAAGGCUGGACUACAUAUAUGGUCAAUGAGAGCAAGAACAUGUACAUACCGGAGGAAACCCUUGAAAACCAUCAAGGCUCCAACUACUCCAGCCCGUCUCUGGCUCCGGUGGCCAGUCUGAAUGAGCAGGAGCAUGGCGGAGGUGGUGGAGGUGGUGGUGGCGGAGGUGGUGGAGGUGGAGGUGGUGUAGUAGGCUUGGCGCCGGAGCACAUCCCCACGCCGGGCGCCGCUCUCAGCUGGCAGGCGGCCAUCGACGCGGCUCGACAAGCCAAGCUGAUGGGCAACGCCGGGGCCCCCAUCUCCACGGCCAGCUCCACCCAGCGCAAGCGGCAGCACUACAGCAAGCCCAAGAAGCAGGCCACGACGGCGGCCACGCGGCCCCCGCGAGCCCUGCUCUGCCUCACCCUCAAAAACCCCAUCCGCAGAGCCUGCAUCAGUAUUGUGGAGUGGAAACCCUUUGAAAUCAUCAUUUUGAUGACUAUUUUUGCUAACUGCGUGGCCUUAGCUGUCUACAUCCCCUUCCCAGAGGACGACUCCAACGCCACCAACUCCAACCUGGAGCGAGUGGAGUAUCUCUUCCUCAUCAUCUUCACAGUGGAGGCGUUUCUGAAGGUGAUUGCGUACGGGCUGCUGUGCCACCCAAACGCGUACCUGAGGAACGGCUGGAACCUGCUGGACUUCAUCAUUGUGGUUGUAGGGUUGUUCAGCGCUAUAUUAGAGCAGGCCACUAAAGGGGAUGGAGGGACGCCGAUUGGAGGGAAGGCGGCAGGGUUUGAUGUGAAGGCCCUGCGAGCGUUCAGAGUGCUCAGACCUUUACGAUUGGUGUCUGGAGUGCCCAGUUUACAGGUAGUGUUGAACUCUAUAAUUAAAGCCAUGGUUCCCCUGCUGCACAUCGCCCUGCUCGUACUCUUCGUCAUCAUCAUCUACGCCAUCAUCGGCCUAGAGCUCUUCAUGGGGAAGAUGCACCGCACAUGCUAUUUCUUCAGAGAUGGAGUAAAAGGUGCUAUAGCUGAGGAGAAGCCUGCACCCUGCGCCCAGAACUCUGCCCAUGGGCGCCACUGCACCCCGCCCAACAUCACCAAGUGCGAUCUGGGAUGGGAGGGCCCGAAUGAUGGCAUCACGAACUUUGAUAACUUUGCAUUUGCCAUGCUGACAGUGUUUCAGUGCAUCACCAUGGAGGGCUGGACUGAUGUUCUGUACUGGGUGAAUGAUGCAGUAGGGAACUCCUGGCCAUGGAUUUAUUUUGUUACACUAAUCAUCAUUGGCUCAUUUUUUGUUCUUAACUUGGUUCUGGGGGUCCUGAGCGGAGAGUUCUCUAAAGAGCGUGAGAAAGCGAAGGCGCGUGGAGAUUUCCAGAAGCUACGUGAAAAGCAGCAGCUUGAGGAGGAUCUGAAGGGCUACCUGGACUGGAUCACACAAGCAGAGGACAUUGACCCAGAGAACGACGAUGAGGGAUUGGACGAUGACAAACCCAGAAACCUGAGUAUUCCAGCGAGUGAGAAUGAGUCGGUGAAUACUGAUAACGCUCCAGCUGGAGACAUGGAGGGAGAAACCUGCUGCACUCGCCUAGCAAAUAGGAUCUCCAAAUCCAAGUUCAGCCGAUAUUCACGCCGCUGGAAUCGUCUGUGCCGGCGUAAGUGUCGGGCUGCUGUGAAAUCAAACGUGUUUUACUGGCUGGUGAUUUUUUUAGUGUUCCUGAACACUCUCACCAUCGCCUCGGAGCACCAUCAGCAGCCGCAGUGGCUCACAGAUGUACAAGAUAUCGCCAACAAGGUCCUCCUGGCCCUCUUUACCGGCGAGAUGCUUCUGAAGAUGUACAGUUUGGGCCUACAGGCGUAUUUUGUCUCUCUCUUUAACCGCUUUGAUGGUUUUGUGGUGUGCGGUGGGAUCCUGGAGACGAUCCUGGUGGAGACAAAGAUCAUGUCACCUCUUGGCAUCUCAGUGCUGCGCUGCGUGCGCCUGCUGCGCAUCUUCAAAAUCACCAGGUACUGGAACUCUCUCAGCAACCUGGUGGCAUCUUUGCUGAACUCCGUGCGCUCCAUCGCCUCCCUGCUGCUGCUGCUCUUCCUCUUCAUCAUCAUCUUCAGUCUGCUGGGCAUGCAACUGUUUGGCGGGAAGUUCAACUUCGACGAGACACGUCGUAGCACCUUUGACAACUUCCCCCAGUCUUUACUCACAGUCUUUCAGAUUCUGACUGGAGAGGACUGGAACUCAGUGAUGUAUGAUGGGAUUAUGGCGUAUGGUGGGCCGUCAUUUCCUGGCAUGCUUGUGUGCAUCUACUUCAUCAUUCUCUUCAUUUGUGGAAAUUACAUCCUCCUCAAUGUGUUCUUGGCCAUCGCUGUGGACAACCUGGCAGAUGCGGAGAGCCUGACAUCAGCUCAGAAAGAGGAAGAGGAAGAGAAGGAGAGGAGGAAACUGGCCAGAAUGGCCAGUCCGGAGAAGCGGCAAGACAAUGAGAAACCUCCAAUAGAGGAAGAGAAAAGAGAAGAGAAGAUUGAGCUGAAAUCAAUCACUUCAGACGGAGAAACACCAACCACCACCAAGAUCAAUAUCGAUGACUACACAGGUGAUGAGAAUGAGGAGAAGAAUCCAUAUCCAGUGAACGAUUUCCCAGGAGAGGAGGAUGACGAAGAGCCAGAGAUGCCGGUGGGUCCGAGACCACGCCCACUUUCUGACAUCCAGCUGAAGGAGAAAGCUGUUCCCAUGCCAGAGGCCAGAGCCUUCUUCAUCUUCAGCCAUACCAACAAGUUUCGGGUUUUGUGUCAUAAGAUCGUCAACCACAACAUCUUCACCAACCUCAUCCUCUUCUUCAUCCUGCUGAGCAGCGUCUCUCUGGCUGCGGAGGACCCGGUGAAGAGCGACUCAUUCAGAAACCAGAUUCUCGGCUAUGCAGAUCACGUGUUUACAGGUCUCUUCACCAUAGAGAUCAUAUUAAAGAUGACAGCGUAUGGCGCGUUCCUACAUAAGGGUUCCUUCUGUCGUAACUACUUUAACAUUCUGGAUCUGGUGGUGGUCAGUGUCUCUCUCAUCUCCUCAGGGAUUCAGUCGAGUGCCAUUAACGUAGUGAAGAUUUUGCGAGUUCUCAGAGUCCUCAGACCCCUGAGGGCCAUCAACAGAGCCAAGGGCCUCAAACAUGUAGUCCAGUGUGUGUUCGUGGCCAUCCGCACUAUCGGGAACAUCGUCAUCGUCACCACGCUGCUGCAGUUCAUGUUUGCUUGUAUUGGAGUGCAGCUCUUUAAGGGCAAGUUCUACUACUGCACAGACUCUUCCAAACAGACGCAGGCAGAAUGCAGGGGGACUUAUAUUCUGUAUAAGGAUGGAAAUGUUGGGAAGCCGGAGAGAGCUCAGCGCACGUGGGAGAACAGUGACUUCAACUUUGACGAUGUUCUGCAAGGAAUGAUGGCCUUGUUUGCUGUGUCCACUUUUGAGGGAUGGCCAGGGCUGCUGUACAGAGCCAUUGACUCCCACGCUGAAGAUGUUGGCCCCAUCUACAACUACCGUGUAGUCAUCUCCAUCUUCUUCAUCAUCUACAUCAUCAUCAUCGCCUUCUUCAUGAUGAACAUCUUCGUAGGUUUCGUCAUCGUCACCUUCCAGGAGCAAGGAGAGCAGGAGUACAAGAACUGCGAGCUGGACAAGAACCAGCGGCAGUGUGUCGAGUACGCUCUGAAGGCGCGGCCGCUGCGCAGGUACAUUCCUAAAAACCCGUAUCAGUAUAAGGUUUGGUACGUGGUCAACUCCACCUACUUUGAAUACCUGAUGUUCACGCUAAUCCUACUCAACACCAUCUGCUUGGCAAUGCAGCACCACGGUCAGUCUGCGUCCUUCAACAUCGCCAUGAACAUCCUCAACAUGCUUUUCACCGGUCUUUUCACUGUGGAGAUGAUCCUCAAACUCAUUGCCUUCAAGCCCAGGGGUUACUUUAGUGACCCCUGGAAUGUUUUUGACUUCCUCAUCGUAAUUGGCAGCAUUAUAGACGUCAUUCUGAGUGAAAUAAACCAUUAUUUUGUCGAUGCAUGGAAUACAUUUGACGCUCUCAUAGUAGUGGGUAGCGUUGUUGACAUAGCUAUCACAGAGGUUAACCCAGCUGACCCGUCCGCCUCCACCCCCUCGUCUGUGGUAAGACCAAUGCAAAGAGAAAACCAGAACCCGGAAGAUAACGCCAGAAUCUCCAUCACCUUCUUCCGGCUCUUUCGAGUGAUGAGACUGGUCAAGCUGCUAUCUCGCGGAGAAGGAAUCCGGACGUUGUUGUGGACCUUCAUCAAAUCCUUCCAAGCUCUUCCAUAUGUAGCACUGCUCAUUGUGAUGCUCUUCUUCAUCUACGCUGUUAUCGGAAUGCAGGUGUUUGGUAAGAUAGCACUGAGGGACAACAGCCAGAUCAACCGAAACAACAACUUUCAGACCUUCCCACAAGCUGUGCUACUGCUCUUCAGGUGUGCAACAGGUGAGGCAUGGCAGGAGAUCAUGCUGGCCUGCUCCCCUAACCGGCCAUGUGAGAAGGGCUCUGAAGAGGGUCCUACCAGUGAAGACUGUGGCAGCCACUUUGCCAUUAUCUACUUUGUCAGUUUCUACAUGCUCUGUGCCUUUCUGAUUAUCAACCUGUUUGUGGCUGUCAUCAUGGACAACUUUGACUAUCUGACACGUGAUUGGUCGAUCCUGGGGCCGCAUCAUCUGGAUGAGUUCAAGAGGAUAUGGGCAGAGUAUGACCCUGAGGCCAAGGGAAGGAUUAAGCAUCUGGAUGUGGUGACAUUACUGAGGAGGAUUCAGCCGCCUCUGGGCUUUGGCAAACUCUGUCCCCACAGAGUGGCCUGCAAGCGCCUGGUGUCCAUGAACAUGCCUCUGAACAGCGACGGCACAGUGAUGUUCAACGCUACUCUGUUUGCCCUGGUGCGCACAGCCCUACGCAUUAAAACUGAAGGUAACCUGGAGCAGGCAAAUGAAGAACUGAGGGCCAUAGUGAAGAAAAUCUGGAAGAGAACUAGUAUGAAGUUGCUGGACCAGGUUGUGCCCCCAGCUGGAGAUGACGAGGUGACAGUGGGGAAGUUCUAUGCCACGUUCCUCAUCCAGGAAUACUUCAGGAAGUUCAAGAAGCGGAAGGAGCAGGGCCUGGUGGCUAAAGUGCCCCCAAAGUCAGCUCUCUCUCUGCAGGCUGGCCUGCGUACGCUGCAUGACAUGGGUCCAGAGAUCAGGAGGGCCAUAUCCGGUGACCUGACCGUGGAGGAGGAGCUGGAGAAGGCCAUGAAGGAGACGGUGUGUGCCGCAUCUGAGGAUGAUAUCUUCAGGCGAUCAGGCGGCCUCUUCGGAAACCACGUGAACUAUUACCAUCAGAGUGAUGGCCGCGCCUCCUUCCCGCAGUCCUUCACCACUCAGCGACCGCUGCACAUCAGCAAGUCAGGCAGCCCUGGAGAGGGAGAGUCGCCAUCGCAUGAGAAACUGGUGGACUCCACCUUCACCCCAAGCAGCUACUCUUCCUCAGGUUCCAAUGCCAACAUCAACAACGCCAACAACACCGCCAUCGGACACUGCUACCCCAGCCCCUCCAUCAGCACUGUGGACGGCCACACCAGACCACUGCUUGCACCUGUACUACUGCCUCACUCCUCAUGGUGCUUCCCUAACAAGAGCUCGGACUCAAGUGACAGCUGCCUCCCCAUAAUCCGUCGGGAGGAGGUGUCCAGAGAUGAAACAUAUGACGAGAUGUUCACAGAGAGAGAGUGCCAUCGUGAUCAGAACAUGCUGUCCACUGAAAUGUUGGCGUUACAGGAUGAAGAGUGUAAGCAGCUAGCUGAGAUGGAGGAAGGAGAUGUGGGUGAGGACAGAAGACCGUGGCAGUCUCCCCGACGAGCCUUUCUUUGUCCUACUGCACUGGGCAGACGAUCUUCCUUUCAUCUAGAAUGUCUACGGAGACAAACCAGAGCUGAUUCUUCUCAGAAGACAGCAGUACCCCUGCACCUAGUCCACCACCAGGCACUGGCAGUAGCAGGGCUGAGCCCCUUGCUGAGAAGGAGUCAUUCUCCAACUCUGUUCACUCGUCUGUGUUCCACGCCUCCUGCCAGUCCCUGCACCCAAGGGCCAGGUGGGCUGUGCGAUCAGCCUGUACCCUCACUGAGGCUGGAAGGAACUGGUUCCUGCGAGAAGCUCAACAGCAGUCUACCGUCAGUCAACUGUGGCACAUGCCGCAGCGACAGCAAUGGAAACGACACCAGGGGCUCUCGGAGAGCGCUGCGUCCCGUCUCUCUAACAGUGCCGUCUGUAACAUGCAAAGAGACGGGCUUACUCUCGCACGGCAGCGCUGGCAGUCUUGUGGAAGCGGUGUUGAUAUCUGAGGGGCUGGGUUGCUAUGCACAGGAUCCCUCCUUCAUUGCAGUGGCCAAGCAGGAGCUUGCUGAUGCAUGCGAGAUGACAAUGGAGGAGAUGGAGAACGCGGCAGAUAAUAUACUUAAUGCCAACGGACCUCCCAGCCCUAACGGCAACCUUCUGCCCUAUAUGCACUGCAGGGAUGCUGGGACCCAGGAACCACUGCGGAGCAACAGCCAGGGGCUGUCCAGAGCUGGGGAAACGGAGGAGCUGCUAAGAAGUGGCCUGGAGGACAACGAGAAUGGGGCAGGGGGGCUGCGGGCAGCUGGGGGGAGUCAAAGGAACAGCGGGCUGAUGGAGGACGAGGACAUGGAGUGUGUGACCAGCUUGUAGGGACGACAUCAGCACCGAGGACUUCCUCCGUCUCGCCCCACUCUCGUCCCCCGAUUGGUCCCCCGGCUCUGUGUGGGGACACUGGCGGCCUCUAGUCAGAACGGUCUCUUUCAAACCUGUAUUUAUUGUAGGAGUAUAAUGCAAUUUGACUUAGCCGAAACUGAUUUUGUUUUGUUUUUCUUUUCUUUUUCUUUUUUUUUUUUUAAAGGUGUGAAUGGCUGUGAGCAAAUGUGAUGCGCGUGUGCGUGCGAGUGAGUCCGUGGGCGUACGAAUGCGAGAGUGACAGGGAGAGAAAGUAUCUAAAGUGCCUCACAGUUCUUAGAACUUUGACUGAGAGAUUGAAGUAAAGAUGCAAAGACAAAAAAAGACUUCGACACAGAAAACAAAACAAAACAGACAAAAAAAAAAAAGUAGAACUCUACUUCGUCACACGUCAUUUCUCGUCGCUUCAUCGUUAAGGCGUCAUCAGCAGCGAAAGGCCGCCUGUGAGGGCUCAGUGGGGACCACGCUGGUCUGUCUCCAGCCGAGAAGACGUCGCGGAGCGGAAGCGGCUUCCUGCUCCUCUUCUUGCUCGCGUUCUCCGACGUGCAGAGCAGUUCGCUGGCAGGCUCUAGUCAGUAUCCUCCAACAGGCCGCGGUGUGGUUGGAAAGGGGGUGUUUGUGGGAGCGCUGGGAGGAGGAGCGUACAACAGAGAGACUUUAAAGUGCAGGAGCUAAUGCUCUCCUCUCUUCUUCCUCUGUUUAACUGACCACCAGGAGGAGGCCUGCAUCCCAGCCCGCCAUAUACCUCGACUUGUCCAUCGUUUCACUUUACUACUUUGCUCCUUUUAAUGAUUUGGCAUUGCUUUCUGAUUUCUUUUGUGACUCGUUUUCAUUUUGUAGGCCAGUUUGGUGUGUUUCUGAGAGCAGGAGGAGUUAAUCCGCAGCUCUACUGCUGUCUCUCUUGCUCAGUGGCUGUGAAAGGUUCAGGCCAUAACAGUCGUGUCCACGCAUGCUGUAUUUGGUAACGUUCAGUAUUUUCAGCAUUAAAGAUCAAUUUUUUUUCUCCUAGGCCAGCCUUUGAAUUUUUGUAAUGUAAUUUAUCCUGAUUUUAAAAAAGAGAGGGUACCUGCCUGUACUCUCAGCCACUCUAGCGCCCCCUGUUUUUUUUUUCUUAAGGGGAUUAAGAUGUUUAAUAAUCCUGCCUGAGGCUAACGCAUAGCAUCGUGGAGCGUCUCCGCCGGGAUGCACCUCUGACAAUUGUAUUUAUUUAUUUAUUUCUCCCAGAGAGGAUGUGUGCUCAGUUGGGGAUGCUCUCUGUCGUUGCGUUCAGGUAAAUCUUAAGGUAGCAGAAGUGUGCCGACGGCGCGACGGCCCGCUUAGUCAAAGGGUAUCGAAGGCAGACAUGCUUCCAAGGCUUGUUCUUUAUUGCUGCUCUUGUGCUGGUUGACUUUGACUGACGGUCUGAAGAGUAAAACUACUGAAGUAGCCGGAUGGCUCAAACUGCCAAAAUGCUUUUAUUUGACUUUUCACAGUCGAACUGUUAUCACAGUUAAUAUAGACCACUUCAAGAUCCUCUCCCGAAACCAGGGAGAAUACUGCUAAACUAAUCAUGACAUUAAAGGUGCACUUUGGGGAGAGAUAGGAGAGAGGAAAAAAAAAAAAACGUUUAUUUAUUCAGGGACAUCUGGGUAGCCUAUCAUUUAAGACACUCUUUCUAAUGUAGUUUACACAGGGCUAAAUAUAUCAUCAUUAAAGUCACUAUUAGAUUACAUUAUUAUUAUUAUUAUUAUUAUUGUUAUUAUUAUUAUUGUUAUUAUUAUUAUUAUUAUGAUUAUUAUUGUUGUUGUUGCUGUUGUCGGAAAUAUUUUUGCUUGGUUUAGCAGUGUAUGCAUGCAUUCAUACAAUCACACAGACACAUACUCAGAGAGGAAGAUUUAGCGAACUAUUAUGCAAAUAAGGUGUUCUAGGUUAUAUUAUUACGUGACCAUAAUGUGCGGUAAGGAGUGUGGGCUGUUCUCCCAUCAUGUAUAGUGCCAGAAUGACACACGCGCUUAUGAAGAAUUUUCAAUUUGAUGACGUAUGAACUGAUAUAGCAUACUUAGUUGAUUCUUUAUUAAUCCAUACAAAACGAAGGGGGUAAAGAAAUGUCACUGCUUUGCACACUGGGUAUCGGUAACUUAUAGCUUUUGAUAAGUGAGUAAGUGUUUUGUUUUUUUUUGUUUUUUUCCUAUUUUUCUUCCCAGAUUGAAACUUAGCUGAGAUGUUUGUUGCAAUACUGCGUGUGUGCUUCAUUCCAGGCUUCUCAAACGGAUUCUCAAUCGAACAUUUAGGCUGUGUUGGAAGUAGCCUACUAUGUACUGCUCACGCACUGACUGUGCACAAAAGUUUUGAGUAGAAGGCAGAAUGUGGCCAACAGGAAUUGCCCCAGUACGUCAGGGAAACCUGGAUUACGUACCGGAUUAAUAUUCUAGCAAGUGGGCAGAGAGGUGGUCAUUUCAGGAGGACGUAACCAGUGACGUUACCACCUGGUUUGCCCCGAACAGUGGGGCAGGUCUUGAGAUGGGUCUGAUUGGCUCGGCCCUUUUUAUUAUAAUAUUUGAAGUCAAUAUUAACGGGCAAUCUGUGUGUCAGAUCGAGGGGCCAAACAAGUUAGUGAUAUUAUCUAUAAUUUAAUUUUCAAUAAAACCUCAGUCUUAGUCAUCUUUUCAAUAGACUAAUUACCAAAAGUUGUAUUAUGUUUGUUAUUCAAACAACAGAAUAAGGGCCUGUCCCAUUUCUUAUUUUUACCUCUACCCCUUGUUUUUGCAUGUCACCUCGCCCCUUGGAACUGAGUUACAGGGUAGUGGUCUAAAUCUACCUUGCCAGUCUUCAGUGACAGCAGAGGAGGGUAAAGUUCAGCUCCUCACUGCUGGGC